AUGAUGGACUCCGAUGACCUUGACAACUCCGGGAAGCACUCCGGCAUCACCGUUUCACCAACAUGGUCGACCCCAUCACCAGAACACCUACCCGGCCAUGAAAACACCGACCUCCUCACCACCCACGAACACCGCGACCUCACACGAGGCCUCCACCAACGCCACAUCUCCCUCAUCGCCAUCGCCGGCGCCAUCGGGACAGGCCUCUUCCUCGGUCUCGGCAGCGCGAUCCAAACCGCCGGACCUGCUGGAGCUCUACUGGGCUACGCCACCGUCGGACUCGUGGUAUGUACGGUGCAGUUCGCGCUCGGGGAGGUAACGGCGCUCUUGCCCGUUACAGGGAGCUUUGUGCGGCAUGCGGAGUUUCUUGUGGAUCCGGCGAUGGGGUUUGUUGUUGGGUGGAAUAUCGUGUAUGGGAACUGGCUGUCAAUCCCAGCGGAGAUCUCAGCGAUAUGCGUGUUAUUCCAGUACUGGCUCCCGGACCUCAAUCCUGCGGUCUGGAUUGUGUUGACAAUAGUACUGACGUUCGUCGUUGGCAUGGCUUUGGUCCGGGUAUACGGAGAAGUAGAGUUCUGGUUUGCUCUGCUCAAGAUUGUGUUCAUCGUCUUCCUGAUCAUCCUAGGCCUGGUCAUCUCCCUCGGAGGCGUACCGGGAGUUCCGAGGAAAGGCUUCCAGUACUGGCACAAACCUGGCGCGUUCGUCGAGCACAUUGGCACUGGCGACUGGGGCCACUUCCUCGGAUACUGGGCAGUGAUGUCGAGUGCUGUCUUCAGCUUUGCUGGGACUGAAUCGUUGGCAAUGGCAGCAGCUGAAACUCGCAAUCCUCGGCAAGCGGUCCCUGCUGCUUGUAAGCGAGUGUUCUGGAGAGUGCUGGUGUUCUACAUAUUAGCUGUGCUCGUCGUCGGGAUGCUCGUCCCCUCCACCGAUCGAAGGCUCAACGGCUGGUCCGGAACAGCGACGCAGUCGCCUUUUGUCAUCGCAGCGGGGGACGCUGGAAUUCCUGCGAUAGCAUCUGUCGUCAACGCCGUCGUAAUCACCUCCGCGUGGUCUUCAUCGAAUCAAGCACUUCUGUCCGGGACUCGUGUCCUCUACAGUCUAGCCCUGAAAGGUCAGGCGCCGAAAGUACUGCUUCGAACAACAGCUUGGGGCAUCCCGUAUGUCUGUGUCCUCGUCCAGACGGCGUUCAUGUUUCUAGCGUUCAUGUCGCUCUCAAACGGCGCCUUGACGGUGUUCUGGUGGUUUGUCGAUUUGACGGCUUGCGGCGUCCUGAUCAGCUGGAUCUCCAUCCUGGUCAACCACCAACGCCUGAUCAUGGCAAUGAAGAAACAGAAGAUACCGCUAUCCGAGUUACCCUGGCACACAGGCUGGACGCGCUUCUCCACGCCAGCAGCAUUAGUCCUCAGCGUCAUUAUCCUGCUGACAGGCGGCUACCCAGUCUUCACGAAGGGGAAUUGGUCAACGAGCGGUUUCGUCUCAUCGUACCUGGACAUCCCGCUGGUACUGCUGGCUUUUGGGCUUUGGAAGUUCUUCAACAAGACUAGCUUCAUGAAGCUUGAAGAUGUUCCGUUGCGAGAGGCGCUAGACGACUACUUGGAGAAUCCGGAGGAGAAGGAGCCGGCUUCGAAGGGCUGGCGGAAGGUCGUGGGAAUUUUGUGGGAUUGA